CCCGAUCCGGAGACGUCGUGGUAUAUGCUUGGCACGUGUUACCUCUGAGCGCCAACUGCAGAGGGCACGCAGCUAGAAAUUGCUGACAGUCAAAGUGCCCGCCGAAAGUUUGAGCUCUCUAGUCGGUAAUCCCACACUUUUUGCAGAUCCAAGACAUGGCAAUCAAGGGCAUUUUGUAAAAGUUCAACCUUCCAUGGUGAAUCAUGGAUUUAAAUCGUAUUGUAAUCGCUUUGCGCCAAUGUGGAAGAGUUCAAGCUUCUAAUCAUGGGAGAACACUUCACUCUAACUUGAUCAAACUUGGGGUUUUGAACAGCGUGUUCCUUGCCAACAAUUUGAUUGCCAUGUAUGUGGACUUUUGUCAUCUGAAAGAUGCACACAAGGUGUUCGAUGAGAUGCAUGAGAGAAACGUGGUAACGUGGACCACUAUGGCUUCUGCGUAUACUAAUAGCGGAAGACCUCACGAAAAAGCUCUCAGAAUAUACACCCAGAUGUUGCAGUUUGGUUCAGAGGAACCCAAUGGUUUUAUGUACUCUGUGGCCCUUAAAGCGUGUGGUCUAGUGGGUGACCUUGAAUUGGGUAGAUCAAUUCAUAAAAGAAUUUCUGGAGGUGGAUUCCAGUUUGACAUUGUUUUGAUGAAUACCCUUUUGGACAUGUAUGUCAAAUGUGGGAAUUUGAGGUGUGCCAGGAAUGUUUUCGAUGAGAUUUUGUGCAAGAAUGCAACUACAUGGAACACAAUCAUUUCGGGUUACUGUAAAGAAGGUUUAAUGGAAGAGGCAGUGGAGUUGUUUUGUCAAAUGCCAGAACCGAAUGUUGUAUCCUGGAACAGCAUCAUUGCUGGUUUUGCGGAUAGUGGACGCCUGCAGGCAUUAGACUUUGUGCAUGUGAUGCACCGAGAAGGCCUUAAGCUUGAUGGAUUCACAUUCCCUUGUGCUCUUAAAUCCUGUGCUUGUCAUGGUUUCUUAACUACCGGGAAACAAAUCCACUGCUAUGUUGUUAAGUCCGGUUAUGAGUCUAACUGUUUUACUGUAUCAGCUCUCGUUGAUAUGUACUCAAAUUGCAAUGCAUUAAAUGAGGCAAUAAAGCUAUUUAAUCUAUAUUCUAGGUGUAGUGCUUCUGUUUGUGAUAGCUUGGCACUUUGGAAUUCCAUGCUUUCUGGAUAUGUUGUCAAUGAACACUACGGAGUGGCUUUGAAUCUGGUUUCACAAAUCCAUCGGUCAGGUGUAUAUUUUGAUUCUUACACUUUCAGUGGCGUUUUAAAGGUCUGCAUCAACUUACUUAAUUUCAGACUUGGGCAUCAAGUACAUGGUUUGGUUGUCACCUGUGGGUAUGGGUUAGAUAAUGUUGUUGGAAGUAUUCUGAUUGAUCUAUACGCAAAGCAUGGAAAUGUUAAGGAUGCAUUAGGAUUGUUUCAUAGGCUUCAGAAAAAAGAUAUCAUAGCUUUGUCUGGUUUGAUCACAGAGUGUACAAGAAUGGGAUUAAGCUCAUUAGUCUUUUCCCUCUUUAAAGAUAUGAUUAAUAUGGAUCUUGAAGUAGAUCAUUUUGUUAUUACAAAUGUUUUAAAGGUCUGUUCAAGUUUAGGAUCUAUUAGAAGUGGCAAACAGGCUCACGCUUUCUGUGUUAAGAGUGGAUAUGACACAGAGGAGGUUACAGUUACAGCUCUCAUUGACAUGUAUGCAAAAUGUGGUGAAAUUGAGGAUGGGUUAGCUUUGUUUGAUUGUAUGCCAGAAAAAGAUUCUGUAUGUUGGACUGGGAUCAUUGUGGGGUGUGGACAUAAUGGAAGGGCAAUGGAAGCAAUUAAAUUUUUCUAUGAGAUGGUAGAAUUGGGUUUAAAGCCAAAUGAAAUUACCUUUACAGGUGUUCUUUCUGCCUGUAGACAUGCUGGUUUGGUGGAAGAGGCGUGGACCAUAUUUAUGUCCAUGAAAACUGAACAUGGAGUGGAACCUCAAUUGGAGCACUAUAAUUGCAUGGUUGAUCUUCUUGGCCAAGCUGGACGCUUCAAAGAGGCAGAAAAAUUGAUUGCUGACAUGCCGUUUGAGCCAAACAGAACUAUAUGGUGCUCGUUGCUUGGGGCCUGUGGAACUCACAAGAAUAUUGAACUGGUUAAUAUUAUUACCGAACACCUUCUUGCAUCCUCACCAAAGGACCCUUCAGUAUAUGUGACACUUGCAAAUGUUUAUGCAACAUUGGGAAUGUGGGAUAGUUUAAGCAAGCUGAGGGAAGCAGUCAAGGAAGUGGGCAUGAAAGAAGCUGGAAAAAGCUGGAUUGAGAUCUCAGGUUAAGUAAUCCUGCUUCACUGCGUGGUGCAACUGGUUUGUCUUAUACUUGAACUAAGUGUUUCCACCUUGGUGUGUGAUGGAACAGAGUCCAUCUGAACUUAAGACCCCUAUAUGUGGCAAACACUGAAUCACAUCAACGAGAUUCAGAAACAUCACGAUGUAUGCAACUUUCAUAAGGAUCUUGAGAAGGAGAUAAUGCUUGGCAGCAAGUUUUACAGAGAUGUUGCAUUUCAGUUAAUGGGUGAUUGAUAUGAUUGGCUACACUACGUGUGCCAUGGCUGCUUUAAAUUAUAGGGAUCUGUGAUGGUGAAGCUUGAAGGGUUGUGGGCAAGAAUAAUUAUUAAGAGAAGAUUUCUGGAAUUGAGGGCCAAGAGAACAGGAGGUUAAAGAAGAGAAUCAGGGGAAAAUGGUUACUUCUUCUCUGGUGCUUUUACUUAGUUGAUUCGCAUGAUCCAUUUACAUCCAGCAUAAUUUGAAACUACUUUAUGAAGGCUAGAUGUUAUUCCUUAGUUACUGUCAUUGCUUUAUUGUUUCCAGAGAUUUGGCUUCAUAAUAUUCAUCUGGUUAU